CUCUGCGUCCUGGCCUUAUUAACUUAACUUGUCGUCCGCAAUGAUCCGCCCCUUAUAGACCACUUGCAGCAAAAAAGCCCAAGUUGCCUACGCGCGUCUUCGACAUUCCUAGCAACGGAGGAGGAAAACAAGAUUGGGUACUUGCUCAGCGCAAAUAUGGCGAGAUUAGCUAGGCCGCAUAGUGACCGUAGCCACGACGACGACGAUGAUGAGUUCCCCGACGUUGCGACUCUUUUUCGCAGAAAGCAGCAGCACACCCAGGUGCUUGCAUCCGCUACAGAGAGUGGAUUGGAUAAGCGACCAAAAUCGAGCACGCCAGGGAAAGCUCUGGCAACUGUGACAACAAUCCGAAGGCGGAAGCUGGGGCCUCUGACGGACAACUUGUUGCUGCGUGCGUGGACGCCGAGCAGCGACGAGAAUGAGCGGGACGAAAGACAUUCUUCAUCUGACAAAGAGAACACCGGGUCGCGACGGGCAAUAGUUGGACGACGGACCAGGAACGCACGGCCCACGGUUGCCAGGGCUUCGUCUUCUGAGGACCAGGAGGAGGACUACUUUUCCGCGCGAGAAGAGUUGACUAUUACCGAAGACGCAUCUAUAGCCGACGAGGUGUUUACCCCAAGCGAUUCGGACUCAGACUUCAGCAGUUACGAAGAUGAAGAUGAUGCCGAUGGCCAAGAUGUUUUCGAGGAUUCGCCUCCUCCAAGGUCGCCAGCAAAAUCAAAACUCCGCCUGAAAAAAGGACGGAAAGUAGCGGAUAAGUCCAAAAAGACCGACAAGGAGCUUGCAGAUGCGACAUCCAGACUUCGACUCGACGACCUUGACGAGCUCGAAGGGAACAGAAAUAAGCUCAUAGAUUCGAAACCAAGCGGCCAAGAAGUAACGCCGCCUUCAACACCACCCAAAUCGCGACCAGGUCUUGUCUCGCCCAGGAAACUCCCGCGUAUCCCCGUCACACCCCAUCGGCCGAGUUCGGACAUGUUUUGGAGCCAGGAGUUCGUCGACGAGUGGAAUGAUGAGCACUCGCCGCGGAAGCAACUAUUCCCUGAUGCCACAGCAGCUAGGCCGAGGAGUCCUACCAAGGCGAAUCCGGGGACGAAAUCUCAGACGACGGCAAGCGUCAAGGGCCAGUCAGACCGCGACAUAAAAAGGACUUUCGAAAAGACCAAGCACGAGCUGGCCGAGCAAUUUAUCCGGGAACUCGAUACCAAUAUUACCGACGGAAAGCUGGGAGAGCUGGCCGCUUCGACAGGUGGAAUCAAGCUCAUCUGGACGAACAAACUCAACACCACGGCCGGCCGUGCGAAUUGGAAGCACACAACAGUCCGUACUCGGGCCCCGAACGGUGACAACGCCGCCGCCGAUUCAGUCGAGCAUAAGCACUUCGCUUCGAUCGAGCUUGCGGAGAAGGUCAUCGACAACGAACACCGGCUGCUGAACGUGCUGGCGCACGAGUUUUGCCACUUGGCCAACUUCAUGAUCAGCCGCGUGACGAACAACCCGCACGGGCGGGAGUUCAAGGCCUGGGCGGACAAGUGCUCGAGCGCGUUUUGCCACAGAGGGAUCGAGGUCACCACCAAGCACUCGUACAAGAUCGACUUCAAGUACGUGUGGGAGUGCGUUGCGUGCGGCAUGGAGUACAAGCGACAUUCCAAGAGCAUCGACCCGGCGCGACACCGCUGCGGGAGCUGCAAAGGCGAACUCACCCAGACCAAACCUGUGCCCCGGAAAUCGAAAGCAGGCGGCGCGCCCGCAAAGCUGAGCGAGUACCAGACCUUCAUGAAAGAGCAGAUGUCAGUGGUCAGGGAGCAGAACCCGAAGAUGUCGCAAAAGGAGAUCAUGAAGAUCGUGGCUGCUCGCUGGGCGGCACAGAGGUCCAAGUCGUCGACCCCGGAUGACGGGAACCAGGAAGUUGCCAAGGAAGUUGGAGGUCUAAGCAUUUAGAAGGCUAUGAGCAAAGGCAUGAUAC